CAAAAUAUUUUAUGGCUUUAUUACUAUUUCUGACGUAAUAGUAUAAAAAGCAUGUUUUAUAAAUCAGCAUGUCUUUACUUUCAGAACUGUAGGUCACAUGUCAUUCAAGAAAAUAAUAAUAUAUAAAUGAGAAGGCAGCCGUUAUAAUCUGUGUAACAAUUCGUUUACACAUACAUCUUUUUUAGCGGAUGCAUAUCGAUAUACGAGCCAUGGAAAGACGUUAUGCCUGUCAGAUUUGUGCUAUAUCAUUUCCUAAGAAACGUAAUUUAAAACAACAUAUUAUGCUUGCACAUGCAGAUGAGAAACUUCAUGUAUGUGACGUAUGCGGCAGGUCGUUUACGGAAAAGUCAUAUUUACGAAAACAUUUGCUUAUUCAUACAGGAAAGAAACCUUAUGGAUGUAAGAUCUGUAAUACGUUUUUCACACGAAAAGACUAUUUGGUGUCUCAUGCACGUACUCACUCAGGAGAGAAACCAUAUUCAUGUGAUACAUGUCACAAAACAUUUGCCUUAAAGUGGAAUUUAGAAAGACAUAUCUAUGUCCAUACAGGAGAAAAGCCCUAUGUGUGUGCUGUGUGCAAUAAGUCAUUUACACAAACCUCUCUGUUGCAAUUACAUUUGCGUAUUCACACAGGAGAAAAACCUUAUGCAUGUGAGGUCUGUGGCAAGUCAUUUACACAGAAACAUGUUUUAAAGACACACAUGUAUGUUCAUUCAGGGGAGAAACCAUUUUCAUGUGAUGUGUGUAAAAAGACAUUUGUACGUAAACAGACUCUAGCAGAACAUGUACUUAUCCAUAAACGGGGAAAAUAUAUAUGUGAUAUAUGUGAUGAGUCAUUCAUCCAAAAGCAUGAAUUUAAGCAGCAUUUACGUAUUCACACAGAAAACACAUCGUAUAUAUGUUUUAUAUGCAGUAAGUCAUUUGCUCGAAAGCAGAAUUUCAUGGAGCACAUGCUUAACCAUAAAGAGGAAAAGCACACGUGCGAUGUAUGUAAUAUAUCAUUCAAAAAGAAGAAUGAUUUAUUGGAACAUUUGCGUGUUUCCACAGGAGAGGAAUUUCACAGAGGUGAUUUAUAAAACACAUUAUAUGUAUAAAAUGAUUUAUUAUAUUUAGACUUGAAGGAGAGAAUUUGUUUAUUCAAAUACAACAAGAUAUAUGAGGGCUAUGAGUUUGCAAGAUUUGAUGGCUCUAGUGUAGAACUGGGGGCCCCUUUGAUUAGUGACAAAUUUUGGCGAUGAAACCCCAUUUCUACUUACCAUGAUAGUUUUAACUUUGUUUUAGCUUCCUGAUUUUUUUUAAAUGAAAAUAGAUCGCCGUGUACAUGGAAAAGGAUGCUCUGAAGGUCAAAAAUUUUCAUUUGAAGGUUGCAAGGCACCUCGUUUACUUCAAUCUUGUGGGGUUUAACAAUGAAAGUUUUGUUUUUAGGCAGUUAAGAUCCUGAAAUCUGUCCUGGAACUCUUUCUUGAUAUCAGUAAUUAUUUCAUGAAACAUAUUAAUAUUUAUGUCAUUUUCUUCUUUCAGAUGCUAAAAAAAUGGGAAGUGUGCCAUAUCAUUUGCCUUCAGUGCAAUUUGCGUUACAUAAAGUUUUUUGAAAAAGCCAUAAAGCUGGGAUAUAUUUUGUUUUCUGCCUUGUAGUUUCAAGUUUAAAGCAUUUAGAUGGAAUGUUGAAGCUUUCAGAAAAUCAAGAUUAGUUAAAAACUGGAUUUCUUUCAAUUUGUCUUGAUACUCAUGCCUGUGUAAGCUUUCUUUUUAGAGGAAAGCAAGAAUUCCAUUCCUCAACCCAAAAACCUGUUGCAGACAAUUUCCAGCACUGAGCCAGUGCACUUAACAGUACAAUGAAAUGUCAUCAUGCUCAGCAUCCACAUUGUCCACAAAUGCAAAUAAAUGCUGUGUCUCCAA